AUGAAAUGGGACAAUUCUUUCUUUCUUGGUUUUGUACUGCUCAUCAUCGCUUCCACCGCCAAGGCAACUGAUCAGUUCCAGUACCCUGUCCGAAAGCAUUUGGAUCUCUCAACAGAAUUGUCCUUGAAAUUGAAUUCAAAUGAUGAUUUCAUACAUCCCAAACACACAGAUGGAUACAUCAAGUCGCGAGAAUACGAUUUCAUGUCUCUUUCUACGCAAUCAACUUCAAGUGGACGUGGAAAAGCCCUCAAAACCAACGAAGAAUCCAAAGUGUUCUCCCCCGAAGACGCAGCCGGAACUUCAGCAAGACGUCCCGAAAGCAGUUUCUUGUAUCGAUCGCUCACCAAUUCCGAUGCCGAAAGUCAGAUGGCCAGCAACCUUCAGAUAAGAAAAAGGCCCAGCAGGCCAGCAAUAUUGCAAUCAGCAAGCCAGAGACUUUGGGAUACGAAUGUGGCCACAACUAGACUAGAUGAUCAACCAAAAUCGCAACCAGACGGCUGGUUCCUGAAGUCCGCGGAAAGGGCUUCCACUCAAUCAAGGGUGGAGCCCCUCCGACCUGAAGAAAUUUCUACAGCUCAAGACUUACUGUCUAAGGUUGGCCAACAUCAUGAAACCUCUUCGGUUCCUCAUCACUCUUUAAUACCCGAGCCAGAAAUACAGGCAGUCAGAAAAAGUUUCAAUCUGAGAAAUAAUGCGCCGUUUGAAACCAUCGAAUCUUACCAGCCAACAUCUUCACAGUUCAAGGCGAUGCCCGCAAUAAUCAAACCAGUUGCCCAGUAUCCCCGUCCCGCUACCGGGGUUACUCCAAGAAUGAACACCAACCCAUGGGAAGUUUUGUCACGGUUACAGCCUCCUGGUCAUCUCAGAAUGUCUCAAUCCCAUUUGAUCUCCAACAUUCAAGAUGAUAUCCUAGUCAGAUUCCCGAAAUCACAGCAAUUGGAAUUGUCAAAUAAUACACCAGAAAUCUUGACUGAUUUGGAAAGAGCUGGGAUAAAUCUUGGAAACAUGGAAGAAGAAGUUGAAAGCUCAAUGUAUCUUAAAACUCAUUCCCAAAAAAGCACUACAGCCAAUGUUGCAAGGUUAAACUUUGACAUGGAUAUUUUCAAGAUUGAUGAUCAAAUCAAGAUACCCCCUUCAAUCCAAGAAGACAACAUAUCACACCUACGCAACAAGCUGAAAAAACUCCUCAAACCUGUAGAAGGGGAUUUUUCAGAAGCAGAUCAACUUAAAACAGCCGCUAGUAUUUUGAGACAGCAUCAUGAAGGAGCGUCAGCUGGAGUGAUUUCACGCAGAAUUGAAAUGUUCAUGUAUUCUAUGGAUACUUGGUACAAAUAUUGGAAACAAGCAGCAAAUAUUGACAUAAAAAACUGGGAUCGUCAUGAUUUUUUCUUUGGAAUUGCUAAUGUUGGCCCCGUUUUCCUGGUUUAUGUUGAGAUUCUUAUUGCAAUACUACCUACAAAGAAAUCCCAACAAUUGGAAGAGAUCCUUGACUAUCAAAAAGAAAUGGCAAAUGCCAUGAAAUUGCUUGAAGAAUUCAGAAACUACUUUCAAGACCCUCAUUCAGUCAAAAACGUUGGAGAAAUCUGGAAAUCAAAACGGUUUGCAGCUGAAGUUUUCUCCUGUAAAAAGAGACAAAGAUCAGCGGGUAUGUUGGUGUGGCACAUGAUAGAACUAUGGAUGGAAAGGGAACAAAAAACUCUCUGGUUGACAUUCAAAAAUAAAGAUGGAUACCAACUCACCAAUCAUUUGAAGAGAUUUGUGAAUAACAUCUUUUUCUAUGGAAUCAAAGGUUUGACAGAACAAGCCCAGAACAUCAUCAGAAAACAAAGUAUUCAAACCCUCAGACAAGUCAAUAAAUUGUUCUCCUGA